UGGCUAUAACUAUGGAGUUAUCUGAAGUACAAUUUGUUGGUUAUGUCUAACUUGCAUCUUGUGGAUUCUUCCCAACCAUAGAAGGCUGCGCUGUUUUCUGAAUUUUGAUCUGAUUUUGUACUUACCAGUGUUUUGUUAUCAUGAGCAAAGUUACCUACUGAAUCCUUCUGGAAUAUUCUAAGUUUGAGAAGGCUAAGCAAGUUACUCUCCAUAAAUGAACAGAGUUUGUAUUCGUACCACACACACGUGAGCUCCAGAAAGAAGAACUAUGGCUGCAGUGAUACUGGAGAGCAUCUUUUUGAAGCGAUCCCAGCAGAAAAAGAAAACAUCACCUUUAAACUUUAAGAAGCGCCUCUUUCUCUUGACUGUGCACAAACUUUCCUACUAUGAGUAUGACUUUGAACGUGGGAGACGAGGCAGUAAGAAGGGCUCAAUAGACGUUGAGAAGAUCACCUGCGUUGAAACAGUAGUUCCUGAAAAGAAUCCUCCCCCUGAAAGACAGAUUCCGAGGAGGGGUGAAGAAUCCAGUGAAAUGGAGCAGAUUUCAAUCAUUGAACGAUUUCCUUACCCUUUCCAGGUUGUAUAUGAUGAAGGGCCUCUCUAUGUCUUCUCCCCAAAUGAAGAACUGAGGAAGCGUUGGAUUCACCAGCUCAAAAAUGAGCCAUCAGAUAUUCUUAUCAUGUUGGUUGGAGAUACUCAUCAUGACAGACCACUGAAGAGAAUUCACGGGAACUGUCUGGGACCUGGGCAUACAGGCAGAUCAUUGAUCCGGUACAACAGUGAUCUAGUACAGAAAUACCACCCUUGCUUCUGGAUCGAUGGACAGUAUCUCUGCUGCUCUCAAACAGCCAAAAAUGCUAUGGGAUGCCAAAUUUUGGAGAACAGAAAUGGAAGCUUAAAACCUGGGAGUUCUCAUCGAAAGACAAAAAAGCCUCUUCCCCCUACACCUGAGGAGGACCAGAUCUUGAAAAAACCACUGCCCCCUGAGCCUACAGCAGCACCUGUCGCCACAAGUGAGCUGAAAAAGGUUGUAGCCCUUUAUGAUUACAUGCCAAUGAAUGCAAAUGAUCUACAGCUGCGGAAGGGUGAUGAGUAUUUUAUCCUGGAGGAGAGCAACUUACCAUGGUGGAGAGCCCGAGAUAAAAAUGGGCAAGAAGGCUACAUUCCUAGUAACUAUGUCACUGAAGCGGAAGACUCCAUAGAAAUGUAUGAGUGGUAUUCCAAACACAUGACUCGAAGUCAAGCUGAGCAACUGCUAAAGCAAGAGGGGAAAGAAGGAGGUUUCAUUGUCAGAGACUCCAGUAAAGCUGGAAAAUAUACCGUGUCUGUGUUUGCUAAAUCUACAGGGGACCCUCAAGGGGUGAUCCGCCACUACGUUGUGUGUUCCACACCUCAGAGCCAGUAUUACUUGGCUGAGAAGCACCUUUUCAGCACCAUCCCUGAGCUCAUUAACUACCAUCAGCAUAACUCUGCAGGACUCAUAUCCAGGCUCAAAUAUCCAGUGUCUCAACAGAACAAGAAUGCACCUUCCACUGCAGGCCUGGGCUAUGGGUCAUGGGAAAUUGAUCCAAAGGACCUGACCUUCUUGAAGGAGCUGGGGGCUGGACAAUUUGGGGUAGUGAAGUAUGGAAAAUGGAGAGGCCAGUAUGAUGUGGCCAUCAAGAUGAUCAAAGAAGGCUCCAUGUCUGAAGAUGAGUUCAUUGAAGAAGCCAAAGUCAUGAUGAAUCUGUCCCAUGAGAAGCUGGUGCAGUUGUAUGGUGUCUGCACUAAACAGCGUCCCAUCUUCAUCAUCACCGAGUACAUGGCCAACGGCUGCCUCCUGAACUACCUGAGGGAAAUGCGCCCCCGCUUCCAGACUCAGCAGCUACUAGAGAUGUGCAAGGAUGUUUGUGAAGCCAUGGAAUACUUGGAGUCAAAGCAGUUCCUUCACCGAGACCUGGCGGCUCGAAACUGUUUGGUAAAUGAUCAAGGAGUUGUUAAAGUAUCUGACUUCGGUCUGUCCAGGUAUGUCCUGGAUGAUGAGUACACAAGCUCGGUAGGCUCCAAAUUUCCAGUCCGGUGGUCUCCACCAGAGGUUCUUAUGUAUAGCAAAUUUAGCAGCAAAUCUGACAUCUGGGCUUUUGGGGUUUUGAUGUGGGAGAUUUAUUCCCUGGGGAAGAUGCCAUAUGAGAGAUUUAGUAACAGUGAGACUGCUGAACACAUCACUCAAGGCCUGCGUCUCUACAGGCCUCAUCUGGCUUCAGAGAGGGUAUAUACCAUCAUGUACAGCUGCUGGCAUGAGAAAGCGGAUGAACGUCCCACCUUCAAAAUUCUUCUGAGCAACAUCCUGGAUGUCAUGGAUGAAGAAUCCUGAGCUCCCUUAAUAAGCUUUUUUGGUUCUAUUCCUCUCUUCCACAAGUCCCAAUUUCACAUUUUCUGAGGAAAGCCCAGGUUUACAGGCCCUGGAGCCUUUGAGCUCCCAUGAAAUACAUAAAGGCCCUUCUCUACAUCUAGGAACAUCUGAGUCCCUGGGACAGUACCUUCUGAGGAAAGGCCGAGGAAUUUUGGUUCCUGGUAUUACUACCCAGAGAGGAAAUUUCCCAAGAGUAUUAAGACAGUCUGAAUUUGGGUUGGAAACAUUUUUGGGGAGGGAGGGAUGUAAAUAGCCUCACAAGGGGUCCAACAACUCUUUGAGUAGGCAUUAGUUGGGAUGGGUGGGGGCAGAAUUUGGCAAGAAUGAAAUGGCGUCAUGAAAAUGGGAGGGAAGGGUGUUUUGAUAAAAUAAAAUGACUGGAAAGCAUGAAGGUCUCUGAUAUCUCAAUCACACAACCUCCCUGAAAUGCCCUAUCUCAGUAUUGCAGAAAACGGCUGUGUAGCAUUGGUUUGGUAUAUUCCUUCCUACAUUGAGAACUAAACAGGAUCCUCGGCAUUUAACCCCUUCUUGCUCUGAAGCAGAGAUGAAUUCACAAGCCAAAGCAAUCAAAAUUACCUGAAUGAAUCUGAAACUUGGGAGAUUGGGGGGCAAACUCUGCCAGAGUUUAAUUUAUCUACAUCAGGAGGGGGAAACUCUGAAGAACCAGGGCCAGGGGCCCAGGAUGG